AUGAGCGCCGCCAGGGAGUCCCAGCCUGAGCGCGGCCACGGAGUGAAGCGAGCGGCCUCCCCCGAUCUUGGAUCUAGCAGCUGGGAGGCAGCAGACCUGGGUAAUGAAGAAAGAAAGCAAAAGUUCUUGAGACUUAUGGGUGCUGCAAAGAAAGAGCAUACUGGCCGCCUUGUUAUUGGAGACCACAGAUCAACUUCUCAUUUUAGAACAGGGGAAGAAGACAAGAAAAUGAAUGAUGAGCUAGAAACUCAGUUCCAGCAAAGCAUGGAUAGCACCAUGUCGGGAAGGAACCGGCGGCAUUGUGGACUCGGCUUCAGUGAGUUUGAAGAAGACAAGGAAGAUCCAGAGGAUACAAGAGACUCUCUGGAGCCAGAAAGCUCAGAGGACUCGGAAAGUGAUUCUGAGUCUGAGCAAGAAGAGGCUACAGAAGAGGCUGCAGAAUCUACUGAAAAGAACAGUGAUGCUGAAGAUCCUCAAGCUAAGAAAAAUUCAAAAAGCAACUAUAAAAUGAUGUUUGUUAAAUCCAGUGGUACAUAACUACAGAUCAAAUCAGCCUUUAAGCAAAGUAAGCCUUAUGGUUACAGUGCAAAGUAUUGGACUGCUUACAGCACAGACCUUUCUAUUAUGGUUUGAAUAAGGCCCUUUUAGAGAGAGAAUAGUGUUUGCUUUUCCAUCGCCAUGAAACUAUUUUUAUCAGCAUGACUGUAUCCAUUUUGUUUUGUAAAGUAUGAAAAUAAAAUUGGGCUGGUUGUGGGGAGGGUGCAAGUUAGUUCUCGAUCCCCUUUUACAUUAUUCUUCUGUCCCUUUCCUAUUCCAUGAUGGCUAUCAAACCUUUCUUAAGCUUGUUAAAAUGAUUUAUCGAAAUGA